GGGAGGCGGCAGCGGGGCCGGAGCCGGGGCCGCACCGAGACGCUGCCGCUUCGCCGUCGUCCGUCGCCGCCCCGCUGCGAGAGGCAGAGGCGCGGCGGAAUAGUGAGCGGGGCUCGUCUCCCCGCCGCGUUCGUUUUCCACCGCUUUCUCUUCCCGAGUUUCCUGCGGGUGCAGCAUGAAGUGCAGCGAUGGCAAGGAGAGGUAAGACGGUCGUGAGGACUCUGGAAGAUUUGACGCUGGAUUCUGGUUAUGGUGGCGCCGCGGACUCGGUCCGGUCCUCCAACUUGUCGCUGUGCUGCUCGGAUUCCCACCCGGCGUACCCCUAUGGAGGAAACUGCUGGCCGCAGCUAACCGACUCCAUGCACAGUCGGCACAACAGCUUUGACACCGUCAACACCGUCCUAGUGGAAGACUCCGAGGUGCUGGACUGCGCGGGGCAGCAGUGCUCCCGGCUCCUGCCCGACCUUGAGGAGGUCCCCUGGAGCCUGGAGGAGGUGGAGGCGCUGCUGCUGCCGCCGCCGCGCCGGGAGCCGCGGGCGCCGGGCGCCGCCGCCGGCCCCGGCAGCCGGGAUGCGGCGGCGCGGCUGUCGACGCUGGUGAGCCGGGCGCUGGUGCGGAUCGCCCGCGAGGCGCAGCGGCUGAGCCUCCGCUUCGCCAAGUGCACCAAGCACGAGGUGCAGAGCGCCAUGGAGAUCGUGCUGGGCUGGACGCUGGCGGCCCGCUGCACGGCGGCCGCCCUGGGCGCCCUCUCCCUCUACAACAUGAGCGGCAGCGGCGGCGACCGCUUCAGCCGCGGCAAGUCGGCGCGCUGCGGGCUCGCCUUCUCCGUGGGCAAGUUCUACCGCUGGAUGGUGGACAGCCGCGUGGCCCUGCGCAUCCACGAGCACGCCGCCAUCUACCUCACCGCCGGCACCGAGAGCCUCUUCCGCGACAUCCACGCGCGGGUGAUGGCCGGCCCCGCCGCCCCGCCGCCCGGCCGCCCGGCCGCCGCCGCCGCGCCGGACAAGGAGAAGGAGGGCGGCGAGGCGCCCCGCUUCACCGUCGAGUCGCUGGAGCAGACGGUCAACAACGACCCCGAGCUCUGGGGCUUGCUGCAGCCCUACCAGCACCUCAUCUGCGGCAAAAACGCCAGCGGCGUUCUCUGCCUGCCAGACAGCUUGAACCUCCACAAAGACCAGCAGAGGUCAAACAAGCCUGGGGAAGUGCAGAUGUUCAGCCAGUCAGAGUUAAGGACCAUCGAGCAGUCUCUACUGGCUACACGUGUGGGGAGCAUUGCUGAACUCAGUGACCUGGUGUCCCGCGCGAUGCACCACCUCCAGCCGCUCAACGCCAAGCAGCACGGGAACGGCACGCCGAUGCAUCAGAGGCAGGGAUCGCUCUACUGGGAGCCGGAGGCCCUCUACACGCUCUGUUAUUUUAUGCAUUGCCCGCAGAUGGAGUGGGAAAACCCAAACGUGGAGCCGUCAAAAGUCACGCUGCAGACCGAAAGGCCGUUCAUCGUGCUGCCUCCCCUGAUGGAGUGGAUACGGGUCGCCGUGGCGCACGCCGGGCACCGCCGCAGCUUCUCCGUGGACAGCGAUGACGUGCGGCAGGCGGCGAGGCUCCUGCUGCCCGGAGUUGACUGUGAACCUCGACAGUUAAAAAUCGACGACUGUUUUUGUGCAUCUCGGAAACUGGAUGCAGUUGCCACUGAAGCGAAGUUCAAGCAGGACCUGGGUUUCCGAAUGCUGAACUGUGGCCGAACAGAUCUAGUUAAACAGGCCAUAUCCUUACUGGGGCCGGAUGGAAUUAACAGCAUGAGUGAACAGGGCAUGACUCCACUGAUGUAUGCUUGUGUCAGGGGUGAUGAGGCUAUGGUGCAGAUGCUGCUAGAUGCUGGAGCAGAUCUGAAUGCUGAGGUUGUCAGUACUGCUCAUAAAUACCCAUCCGUCCACCCUGAGACCCGCCAUUGGACAGCUCUGACAUUUGCUGUGUUGCAUGGACAUAUUCCUGUAGUUCAGCUGUUGCUGGAUGCUGGAGCAAAGGUAGAAGGUUCUUUGGAGCAUGGAGAGGAAAAUUACUCUGAAACUCCCUUACAGUUGGCAGCAGCUGCUGGAAAUUUUGAACUGGUUAGUUUGCUGUUGGAGCGAGGAGCUGACCCCAUGAUAGGAACAAUGUACAGGAAUGGGAUUUCCAUGACUCCACAAGGUGACAUGAACUCUUUCAGUCAGGCUGCUGCACAUGGACACAGGAAUGUGUUUCGUAAGCUCCUCGCUCAGCCAGAGAAGGAGAAGAGUGAUAUUCUGUCCCUGGAGGAGAUACUGGCCGAGGGGAGUGACUUGCCCGAUUCUGCAGCAGCUCCACUGUGUGCCAGCCGCAACAGCAAGGCCAAACUGAAGGCUCUGAAGGAAGCCAUGUAUCACAGUGCUGAGCAUGGAUAUGUGGAUGUGACUAUUGACAUCAGGAGCAUAGGUGUUCCCUGGACGCUGCACACGUGGCUGGAGUCCUUGAGAACGUCCUUCCAGCAGCACAGAAGACCCCUCAUCCAGUGCUUGCUAAAGGAAUUCAAGUCCAUUCAGGAAGAAGAGUACACAGAGGAGCUCAUCACACAAGGGUUACCUUUGAUGUUUGAGAUACUGAAAGCGAGCAAGUUCAGAGUAACCAGGAGGCAAGUUAUCCACACAUGUACAUCAUGCAUUCUCCAUGUGAGAUGGGAACACCAGAAUGAAGUGAUAAGUCAGCAGCUGUCUGUCAUUUUCACUCAUUGCUAUGGACCCUACCCUAUUCCAAAACUUGUUGAAAUUAAGCGCAAACAGACCUCUCGCUUAGAUCCGCAUUUUCUUAACAACAAAGAGAUGUCAGAUGUUACAUUUCUGGUGGAAGGAAGACCAUUUUAUGCACAUAGAGUGUUGUUGUUUACUGCAUCACCAAGGUUUAAAGCAUUGUUGUCUAGCAAGCCCGCAGGUGAUAGUACUUGUAUUGAGAUCAACUAUGUGAAGUACCCUAUCUUUCAGCUGGUUAUGCAGUAUCUUUAUUAUGGAGGUGCAGAGUCACUCCUGAUUAAAAAUAAUGAAAUUAUGGAGCUUCUCUCUGCUGCUAAAUUUUUCCAACUUGAAGCUUUACAACGACACUGUGAGAUCAUUUGUGCAAAAAGCAUUAAUACAGAAAAUUGCGUGGAUAUUUAUAAUCAUGCCAAGUUUCUCGGAGUCACAGAACUUUCUGCCUAUUGUGAAGGCUACUUUCUAAAAAAUAUGAUGGUCCUCAUUGAAAAUGAAGCUUUCAAACAGCUGUUGUAUGACAAGAACGGAGAAACGUCUGGACAAAAUGUACUACAGGACUUACAGAGGACGUUGGCCACAAGGAUUCAGUCAAUUCAUUUAUCUUCUUCAAAGGGCUCCGUUGUAUAAAGCUGAGGAAGACGGUAACACUCUAAUAAGGACCCUGCAAGUUAAGUCUCCUGUUGCAGUUGCUUAAAUGAAUACAAAAAAAAAAAAAAAAGAGUACUUCGCAUCCAGAUAGUUCUGUGUUGGCCAAAGGUGCUGCGUUGAGGCUGCGGCCUCAUCUGGAUGAGGGAAUACAGAAUACAUAGCUCCUCCAUGCUUUUGAGCAACAGAGAUACAACAUUGUCUAGUGAUUCGCUGUUGUACUCAUAUUCUGAACACAAAAGUGAGGUCACGGAGCUAGAUGCCUACAAAAACCAGAACCCGCAUUAAUGAACAGCAGAAGCCCCUGCCUGAGCAGUGAUGCCAUGGAACACGUAAAUUAUUCAUUUAAGGCUGUUUUGUUCCACAGUGUUACACAAUUAAGAACUAUAUCUAUCCUGGAGUCCAUUAUUUUGUGCAUUUAAGAAACGUAAGAACUGUUAGUUGCCAUUGAGCAAUGAUCAACUGUGUUAGAGAGUGGGUAAGACUGUUAUAAUUGAGGAAAUAUACUGGCAGAUUUUUAGGGGUGGGAACUUUUUAAAUUGUGCAUAAAAAUAAAGGGGUGGCCUUGUAGUUUAAAAACUAUUUCUUAAGUUUGGAUUUUCAUUUUUGACAGAGCUGUGUUUGAGAACCUAUGUAAUGUUUUGUUUUUUAAAUGGUAAAAUGUACAUUGUGUAAACAUACAUAUGAUCAAGUUUUGCUUGUAUUCUUUCCUAAGGUGGUAUAAUCUUGCCUAACAGGCUAUGGUUACACCAAAGAGGUACAUUACCAAGACUAUCUCUAAUACAGUAGUUGGGGGGGGGGGGCAGGAGAACUGCAUGCUAAUUGUGAUUUGGGGUUUAAAAACAAUGACAAACUCAACAUGCAUUUGCAUGGUAACUGUACCUGUGAAAUGUUAUGUUUGUGCUUCGUUUUGCCAAGACAAAUGCAAUGUUACUUCUUGUCAAACUCCAUUUGUGGAAUUAGCAUAUUUUUUUAUUCAGUGCAAUUGGUUGUGAUAAUGAUACCCCCAGAGACCCUUCCCAAAAUGCUGAUUUCUGUUUGUUACAGUGAAGGGAUAGUAACAGAUCUUUAUUCUAGUAAUGUGUCAAUACUUUGCUACUGGCCAGAGAAUGUGUCUGAGUUAGACUUUUUUUAAAUUAUAAUUAAAUAUGUACUAUAGAACGA